AUGGAGACCGUGUCCCUGGAGCACCAGAUCCAGAGUGUGCAGCGGCACAUCGCUUUCCUGAAGAAGGAGCAGAUGGAGCUGCUCCACGACCUGCACCUGGAGAUCCUGCGCCUGCAGAAGCACUGCUCAGAGCUCACCCAUGACCUGGAAAUGAAGGAGCUGGAGGCCCGCCAACAAGAUGUCCUGGACCGCGAGCUGGAGGAGAAGUGCCGGGCGAUGGAGGCGCAGCUGCAGGAGAAGGAGAAGGACAACCUGGAGCUGCGCAAGGAGCUGCAGCACAAGGAGACGCUGGUGGCCGCGCUGCGCUCCAGCCUCCGCAGCAAGGAGCGCCGGUUCCUGGAGGAGCUGAAGCGCCGGAGCCACCGCGUCACCAUCCUCGACACCGAGCUGCAGAAGCAGACGGAGGCGGCCGCCUACCUCUCGCUGCAGCUGCACGCCACGGCCCAGCGGCUGCCGGGCCCCCGGGCGGGCGGGCGGGUGCCCCCCGAGCAGGCCCCGGCCGAGCCCCGGCCCCGCCGCCGCGGCCACAGAGCGCCCGCCCGGCGCCCGCCCGGGGACGGCGCCCGGGCCCGGGACCCGGCGCAGGAGGAGCACGACGCCAUGCCCGACCCGGCGCUGUUCCUGUACACGCCGCGGCCGCACGGCCUGCAGCGCCCGCCGCCGCCGGAGCCCCCGGGCCCGCCCCGCGCCCCGGCCGGCGCCGCCGCGGCCUCCCGGGGCCAGCGGCCUCCCCGGCAGGAGCCGGCGGCCCGGGCCAGGCCGGCCAAGGGCGAGCCCAGCAAGAGGCAGGGCUCCGGUGCCCACGGUGCCCCCCGGGCCCAGGAGUAGCGGCGAGG